GCGCGUAAACCGCAUCCCUUCAUUCAUUGUCAGCUUCCUGGAGCCAUUUUUCUGCCGCGGCGGUGGCGGGGAGGUCGAAGCCGGGGCCCAACUACUCUUAGCCGCACAAUCCGCCUCCAUCUGCCUCCCCCGGCCCUCGAUACCCCCCCGGGGACCCGCUCCAUGCAAGCCGGGGGUCUGCUCUAGCUCCAUCCCCCUCUAUUUCCCCUCCCGGAGGCCGGGGCCGUGCGGAUUACAGGGCUCGGAGGGAGGGAGGCUCGGAGCGGCCCGGGGCGGGAGCUGCACGGCGGGCGGCGGCAGGGGGGAGCACCGCGAGCAGGAGACAUGAGGAAGGCGAUCCCGGCCGGGCACGACACGCUGCUGCUGUCCGGGCUGGUGGGCUCAGACCGGGGCUCCGGGCUCCCGGGGGGGCUGGUGGCCGGGGGGGGCGGCGGGUACUUGCAGAUCCUCUCCUCCCCCGGCUCCCUGCACCACCACCACUCCCAGCCAGCACUGUGCGCCGCCGAGCCCCAGCACCCGGCCGCCAGCUACAUCUACUCCACCCCGCAUGGACCCGCCGGGAGAGCCGGCCUGCUGCAGCCCAGCCUGGGGCGCCCUCCGGCAAAGAGGCGGCUGGAACUUGGAGAUGGAAGUCACCCAUAUCUCUCUGAAGGCUUAAAGACACCCAAAGGGAAAGGAAGAGCAAGUGGACUGUGUCCAGACAGCCCAAAAACACCAAAGUCUCCAAUAGAAAAGACUCGAUAUGACACCUCACUUGGUCUACUGACAAAGAAGUUCAUUCAGUUGCUCAGCCAGUCGUCUGAUGGUGUAGUUGAUCUAAACAGAGCUGCUGAAGUUCUCAAUGUUCAGAAAAGAAGAAUUUAUGAUAUCACUAAUGUGUUGGAAGGCAUACAUCUUAUUAAAAAGAAGUCUAAAAACAACAUCCAGUGGAUGGGCUGUAGCUUGCCUGAUGAUGGUGGAAACAUGGCUCGAUUUCAAGUGCUUUCAAAGGAACUCUCGGAUCUUACCCAAGAGGAGAACAAACUUGAUGAAUUAAUACAAAACUGUACCUUAGACCUAAAACAUUUGACAGAAGACACUGAGAAUCAAAGAUUGGCUUAUGUAACCUACCAAGACAUUCGCAAAAUCAAUGGCCUUAAGGAACAAACCGUUAUUGUCGUAAGAGCCCCUCCUGAAACCAGACUUGAAGUGCCUGAUCCAGAUGAGAGUUUGCAGAUACAUUUAACUAGCAGUCAAGGUGCCAUUGAAGUCUACUUAUGUCCUGAUGCUUCUGAAUCAAGCAGUCCGGUAAAGCAAAAUAAUCCAGACCUUAAUGGAAAUAUUGCAAAGACUAAUUCCAAAGAUACUUUGUCUCCUAAUGUGGGUAAUUUAAAUUGCUCAGUGAUGGGCAUUUCACCUUUAACUUCCCCAAGUAACCUCCUUCAGCAGACAGAGGACCAAAUACCUUUGAAUCUGGAUAGCCCCUUUGUAAACCUGCUUCCUCCUCUCAUGCAUGAAGACUAUCUGCUAAGUCUUGGAGAAGAGGAGGGGAUCAGUGAUCUAUUUGAUGUCUAUGAAUUAGAGAAGCUACCAUCCUUGGAGGACUUCAUGUGCAGCUGAUUGUUAGACUUUUUGUUUUCUGCAGACCUUUUGGUUUGUCUUGAAUACCUUGCAUAUGGGACCCGAUAUACUUGAGAAAGUCACAUCUCGACACUUUCAUCUCUUCCUUUCCUGAGCCCUUCCAACAACAACUGCAGCUUCAUGAAAUGAAUGCUACUACAGCUGCAGAAACUGCAAUGACCUGAACAAAUUGGUCCUCGAGGCUAUGCAAGAUUUAUAGGAUGAUGCAUUGACUGGGUUUGUCCAAGGCACAAAUUUGCACCAUGUGUAAUAUUCUUCCAUAAUAGCUGUUUUUUGAUCUAAAGGCCAUGGUCUGGUGAAGCCUGUGAAUGACAUGAAGUGUCAACCUGUGCCUUCCUAUGUAUUUCAUUAUCCCACCCUUCUCUCUUGUGGAGAUAUCCACAAUAAAUGUGAACUGUCAUUUUGGA